CCGGGCCCGGGAACAGAGGCGAGCGCGACCCGUCGGCGUGCCGGAGAUGAGAUGAAACGUGUGCAGAGGCCACCCACGUAAAGCGGGUCUGCUGAUGCGGCCCCCUCGUGUCGCAGCCAAGUACACAGGCCGAAAAUCUAUCCGUGUCGUCGUCGGAGACCGGAGGACAACGAUCGAUCGCCGGGCGCGGGGAGCGGCGAGCGGGGAGCGAUGCGCAGUCGAGAGCCUGGCGCCUGGUGCUGGCUGAGGCGGACGGAGCUUUAAAAGGAAGCGGCGACCAUGGCCAUCGAGCGAGGACGAGGAAUUCGAUGCCUUGGUCCGUUUCUGCUGCAGUGGCAGUAAUUGCGUCGAGAUUAGCUCCGACGAGGACAGAAAUGGCGCAUGGAGCUCGAGUGCGAGGCGUUAUCGAAGGGUCUGGCGCGAGGUGAUCGAUCGAUCGAUCGCAUGGUGGUGGAAAAUUCGCUGGCAAUUCCGACCGACCUUCCGAGACCAGGUUGGUUUGUAGAUCUCGCGCAUGUGGAACGUGCAGGGAGGCCGGAUUGUAGAUUUAGACUUUGAGUUUUAGUGUGGGGAGGGUGCCGGGCAGCAUGCGAUUCGCCCAAGCAUGGCGGAUGCGGUGUUAGGUGUGAUCCACAGCGAGAAGGCACCGCGGAUAACAAAUUCUUGCCGGUCGACACUCUUCGGAACUUGAAUCUUGUUGAAAGCUCGAGAGGGCUAGAGGACGCAGCUGGAAUCUUGAUCUCUGCCGUCCCGAGAGAUGGGUACUCUCAUUCAAGUGGGUGGUCUUGGUUCUUUAACGCGGCUUCAGACUUCGGAUUCGAGAUGCAAUUUUAGGCCGAAGGCGAGAGUUGUUAUAUCGCGACCGAAGCUAAAGCGAAGUAGACUCGUCGCAACGAGCGCAGUGGUGGCAUUCCCAGAUCUGCAGGCAGACGAUUUCCGACACCCACUCGACAGACAAAAUACGACGCUCCUGCGGGCAAUUCCAGGCUUGUCGGAAGUGGGCAAAUUCCUGCUGGGAUCCACGGCUGAGCAGGUGAUGCUGCUGGAAAACAUCGGCACAUCAGUUCUGGUGGGCGAAAAUCAGCUCUCGGACUUACACAGGCUCAUGGUAAACGCGGCGAACAUUCUGGAUCUCGAGACUCCAGACCUUUACGUGCGCCAGAAUCCUGUGCCCAACGCCUACACGCUGGCUGUAUCGGGGCGCAAGCCAUUUGUGGUGAUCCACACCAGCUUGGUGGAGCUGUUGACCCCGGCCGAGCUGCAGGCAGUGCUGGCACACGAGCUCGGGCAUCUGAAAUGCGACCACGGAAUCUGGCUCACAUUCGCCAACAUCGUGGCCAUGGGAGCAUACUCACUGCCAGGCCUGGGAGCAUUUUUGGCCCGGAAUCUGGAGGAGCAGCUGAUGCGGUGGGUUCGAGCGGCCGAGCUCACCUGCGACCGGGCGGCCUUGCUGGUGGCGCAGGACCCCGAGGUGGUGAUCUCGGUGCUCAUGAAGCUGGCCGGAGGGUGUCCGUCCUUGUCAGGCCAGCUGAAUGUAGAUGCGUUUUUGAAGCAAGCGCGAUCUUACGAGGAGGCGUCGCAGAGUCCCUUGGGAUGGUACCUGAGGAAUGCCCAAACGCGGCAGCUGUCGCAUCCGCUGCCUGUGCUGCGGGCCCUGGAGAUCGAUCAGUGGUCCAGGAGUGCAGAGUACAAGGCUCUCCUGUCGCAAGCCUCGAGGGCGGCCAAGGCCAACACGUCCCGCGCAGGCGCCCUCAAGGCCAGGCGAGGAUGAGGGUCUCAAAUCUCAGUAAUCUUCCUCCUACUCCAGCGCAUGGACGGUGCAAUUGCUUGGGUGGCCAUCAAGUAUCUCGACCAGGCAGUGCUUUGAAGUCUGCCCUAGUAUAGCAAGCAUCUCACAGCACGUUGAGGGUAGAAGUUCCUAUACAUACGUUCCAUCUGUACAACAGUAGAAUACCUUUCCGGAAAAAUUAAUAGGUCUCACAAAAGAUUGUAGCGAGGAAAUAGUCCAGCAGUGGUCAAAACAGAGCUUGUACCCCUUUCUAUGGCGACAACGCCUGAUGAUGUGUGAAUUUCGAGCCGGUGCUCGUGAACCCAUGUACACUAUUGUGGUUAUAACGAUGCGUGCGAAUUAGCACGAAAAGAGAUGAUGUGAAGAUAUAUUUGUCCAUGUGAAAUCAUAAAACGG